GCUCGUUCACCGCUAAUUCAUAACUCAUUUAUUUUUAUAAUACCAUUUGGCAUUUUCUAUUAUAGUUUUUUAUAAUUGUCGAAGGAAUUUUUAUCGAUAGUGCUGCACUGCUGCCUUACGAGUUACGGCUAACGAGCAACGCGGGAUGUGGGAUGAUUUUUAUAUUAUAACAUCGUGAUCUAUGCGCUAUACGCAGCUGCCAACCACGACCAAUGACGAUGCAGCCGUACAAACACAUACGGUGUGUCGGCUAUAUGAGUGGAACACUUGUCGUUGACCGAACGGUGGUGGCCCGUAAAUGCGAACCGACGGGUCACCGUCACUCGCACUCCGGUUACACACUUACACACGGUUAUGCUUCCCCCCCUCCCCGCCGACCGUCAAACGUAACCACUACGGUACUGCCAGUGCCACAACCAUCACCAUCACCGUCACGGCGUCACCAAACCAGCCUGCGCGCCAGCCUCGCCAGUCGCUGUUAGUCCCGCCACAACUUCCCCCCUACCCACCAAUCACUCGUAGCAUCACAAAUUCACAACAAGAGGUGUCGACGCCGACGCAUCCCGCCAUCCCCUCGCAAAGCCAACCAUAACGAGUAACAACUACCAACAUCACUCGUACGGGUGUCCGCCAUAUUUAGCGUGUUUUCGUUACUGGACCGUCUCGGCCAACCGGCCGCACCGCGCGCGUUGUCAUUGUAACGCCGCCGCCGUAACGACGGCAGACAAACGGUCCAAUAAUAUUACGAUUGCUCGUUUAGCGAUUACGCUCUAUCAAUCGAUAACCAACGCCACUGCGUAGCGCUGUUCCUCGUAUCCGAUGUCUGUUGAGAUACGAACUAUGAACAGUGUCCGACGACGGUGGCAUGACGUGAGCUACGGAACCGCAAGCUCGGCACAUUGACGGGUGGCCGCCGGCGGACGUCUCAGCGAUCGGGGACCACGGAUUCCGGUUAAGUUACUCAUCAAGAAUCAAAAUCAAAAUGAACGAAGUUAAUAUGGCUAAUAAUCAAGAUAUAAGUAUGCAAUCAUGUACUAUAAAUGAUUUAUGCAGAUUAUGUGCAAAUUUUGAUGAAAAUUUGAUACCAAUUUAUGCUGAUGAAGGAGCAGACCAUAUGUUAGAAAACAAAAUAAAAACCCAUCUUCCAUUUAUAAAUAUUUCUGAAGAUGAUUUAUUACCUAAAAGAGUAUGUUAUCAUUGUGCGUCUGCUGUGCUUGUAUGGAAUGAGUUAUAUGAAUGCAGCAGUGUUGCAGAUCAAAAACUUAGAAACAUGUUUGAACUUAACCCAUUUGACCAAAAUCAUGGCAAGGUAGAUAUUCAAGAAGACGAAAGGUUAAAUCCAACAUUAAAAAGGUACAUUGACUUGACAGAACCAGGUGGAACAUUGAAAAUAAUUCCCACUAAAGAAACUUCACUUUCAAACAAUUAUUCCUGUUCUUUUUGUUUUGAAAAGUUUUUGAAGAUUAGAGAUAAAGUAAAACAUGACCGUGAUGUUCAUGGUGUUCAAACUAAUAUAUUGCCAAUAAAAUAUGUAAGUGACAGGUAUAUAGAUAAUGUGAAAAAAUCAAUUUCAAAUGCUGUGGAUAACAAUUCAGAAAAAAAUCUUUCCAACAUAGUUGAUGUAAACAAUACAAAAUCAACACAAGACUUUAAAAUAAACAAUUAUGAUGUAUUAUGCAUAACAUGUAAUCUUUCUUUUAAAUCCACGUUUGAAAAGUUAGAGCAUGACCAAAAAUUGCACACUGUACAGACAACUACACGAAGAAGCAAGCGUAUUGGUAUAACUAAAAGUUACGAUGAAUUGUUUAAUGAUGAAUCUGAUUUUGAUGACGAAACAAAACUUGAUACUUCAAAUUCUGUACAGUUCAAUAAUAAUGUUGUUGAAUCACAUUCUACAGAUCAAAAAACUAAUAAUGCAAUGAACUUGAAAAAAGAGAAAGCGUUGGAAGACAUAAAAGAUGAGAUUAUUGAAUCUGAUGAAAAGUCUGAUAUUGAAGAUUUCAAGUGUUAUUACUGUAAUCAACAAUUUCCUUCUAAACACUUGGCUUCAAAACACGUCCGUUCACAUAUGCUAAAUGAUAAAAAACCAAUUCCAAAAAGUGACAUUUAUGAUAAGUAUAAAGUUAUGGUAGAUAACAAAUUAUAUUACAAAUGCGAUCAAUGUAACUAUAAUGUUGAAGGUAGAAGAUACAAGUUUGUGUAUCAUAUGAGAGUGCACACCGGUGAAAAACCAUACACUUGUGAAAUUUGUAGUAAACAGUUCCGUACAGCAGCAUUUUUGAGACGACAUAUUGUAUGUUUUCAUGAUAAAGUUCGUAGUUAUCAAUGUGACAUUUGUGGACGCUCGUUUUCUGAGAAACGUAAUGUUGAUGAUCAUAGACGUACACACACUGGUGAACGUCCAUUUGUUUGUGAAACAUGUGGUAAAAGUUUUGCUCAAAGGUCAUCAAUGAAAAUUCAUUGGAAACAAAUGCAUGAAAGUAUAAAAGCACAUAAAUGUGAAUAUUGUGACAAAAGUUUUAUCAGAAGAUGUCAUUUAGUUGCACAUUUGACCCACCAUACAGGAGUGCGUAACUAUGUAUGUGCAGUAUGUGGUAAAGCAUUCUUGCGCAGUGGUACACUUAAAGGUCAUACAGCGGUGCACAGUUCAGAAAGACCUUUUCAAUGCACUAUUUGUGGAGAUACAUUUAAAUUGAAAAAACAUUUAAAACAGCAUGGACGAGUUCAUGGAACUCAGCAUUCAUUUGUUAAUAUGCCCCAAUUUAUUUCAACAACUGUAGAUAAUCAAAGGGGCUCACUGUAAAUUUUAAAUUUUAUUGAUUUGUAUAAGUAUUAUAAUUUAUAAUAUAUGUUAAAAUCUAUAGUCUUCUCGUUUCCUUGACUACAGAGUUCUUUAAAAUUAAAAUAGGAUUAUUGGUAAAUUAAAAAUUUAUAUCUUCAUUAUUCAUCAGCCUAUUUAGCAAAGUACUUUAACCUUUCAUGUUUACCAGCUUUUACGUUUCUCUGUCCAUUAUCAAAGAAAUAAUUUUUAGAUUAAAUACUCAUCGCUUGAUAUUAUUGUUAGUAUAUUUCAAUGAUUAUUCUUCCUUUAAACUCCUUGAUAUACUAUUGAUAAAACAGUUAUAGUAUAGCUAAGUCCAUAGAAUAUUCAAAAAUACAAUGAUUACACAAAACUUUUGAACAUUUUAAAUCACUAGUCACUACAAAACUAUUUAAGAGGACGCUACACAGCCAUUUGUAGUUUCCGUCUUAAAAGUGCGUAACAUAGAAAAUGUACACUCAGCAGAUCAGGUUUAGUUUGGUUAGUUUAAAAUUAGAGUGAAUCA